AUGCUGGGCUCCUCUCCUGAUUUCUUCCAGGCAACCUCCCUAGGAGCUUGGUGGCCAUGGCAAAGUGGAUUCUGCUCAUUGUGGCUCUCCUGGUCUUGGGUCAUGUGCCAUCAGGGAGCACUGAAUUCAAACGGUGCUGGAAUGGCCAGGGGGCCUGCCGGACUUACUGCACAAGGCAAGAGAAAUUCAUCCACCUGUGUCCGGAUGCUUCUCUGUGCUGCCUGUCCUAUUCUCUCAAGGCUUCACCCCACUCAAGGGCUGGAGGUGUGUAGCUUGUUCUAGAGUUGCUGCCACCGCUCUCCAAUAAAGUUCAUG